AAUCUUAAAAAAGAAAUAACAAAUAACCUUAUCCUUUUUCAUAAUUCUCAGUGAAAAUCAUUUGACCGAAUUACAUAAAGAUUCAUUUGAAGGCCUGCUAUCCCUCCAGUAUUUAGAUUUAUCCUGCAAUAAAAUCCAAUUUAUUGAAAGACGUACCUUUGAAUCACUACCAUUUCUGCAGUAUGUAAAUCUUGGUUGCAAUUUAAUCACUGAACUGAGCUUCCGAACGUUUCAGGCGUGGCAUGGAAUGCAAUUUUUACACAAGGUAGACAUGGGAACAACACAAGCCCCACUUACAACAGUCGAGAACAUCCUCAUGACAACUCUUGAGUUGGAAAAACUGAUCUUACCUAGCCAUAUGGCCUGCUGCCUCUGCCAAUUUAAAAAUAAUAUUGAGGUUGUCUGCAAGACAGUGAAGCUACAUUGUGAUGCAUGUAUAGGAAACAGCACAGAAGAUUGUUUUGAAGAAGCAAGUGUAGGAAAUGUGGAGGGAGCACUCAUGAAGGUAUUACAGGCCCGGAAGAAGCACACGAGCACCGAGCUGACCAUUGAGCCAGAGGUAUCCGCAAAUAAAAAUGGCGUCGGCUUGUCAGGCUUCACGAGUGACCAGAUGGACUUCAAUGAUGAAAGCGAUGUCAUUAGUGCACUUAAUUACAUAUUGCCUUAUUUCUCAGAGGGAAAUCUAGAAGAUGUAGAAUCAACAUUAUUACCAUUCAUUAAACUGCUUUUCUCAAAUGUGCAGGAAGGAGAGAAGCCCCUAAGUCAUAUGAAAAACAAUACAAAGGCUCAGCCUCUUGAACCUGGACCCAGCAAUUCAGCUUACAAAAAUAAACUGAGGAAGCUCUAUUUCCUGGAAAAUUUGUUAGAUGCAGAAAUUCAAGAAAAAAUCGACGAGGUUAAAAAGAAAGAAAAAACUGCCAUGCUUAUGCAGUCUGGCCUUUUAGGUCCCAAACUUAAACGCCAAAUCUUUCCCAAAAAAGUGGCAACUGCUGAAUCACAGGAAAAUAGCGUGACAGAGAGUGAGAGUGGAGACAGGGGGCUGAAGAAAGUGACGCUAUUCCUCAAAGGGCCCAAGCGCCUACGGAGAAAGCUCUUACAGGAGGCAAGAAUCAAGAGGAAACAGGGUACCUGGCCGACAGCGAAGAAAGUGGCCGAAGAAAGAACGCUUGGGAAACCAAUCCCGAGUGAAAUGACACAGUUUGACGUGGUGCAGAGGCCUCGGAAGUUUGUGGGAAGCUCCUUCCACCCCGAGCCUUCCUUCACGCAGACGCACAAGGGUGCGGUCUCUUCUGUCUUCAAACAGUAUAUUGGCAUGCCUUCUCCUUCUGCCACCUCAGAAUCCCUACCUGAGGUUAAAAAACAAUCAAAAGACAUGAGCGACACCAUUUUUGUUUUAGAAGAUGCAAAUGCUAGAGUUAAAAGUAUGGAAGCUGGUAAACCAAUUGUACAUUCUAGAAGAAAAUACCGCUUUCAUAAACCUCAUUCCCAUGUGGCCCACAGAACACCUGCGGCCAAACUAAGACAAAAGUUUAAAAAAGAAACAGUGUUCCAUGGACAGAUGCCUGUAAAGCGGCCUCCAUUCUGUGCAGUAAGGAGCCUUAUAAAUUCCCCGUCACAUGGGGUUUUUCCACCUUCAGAAGAGCUGAGUCCUCAGGAGAAUCCUUUUCCAGAUUCACUUGCUCCUUCAGAAUCUGUUACAGAAAUCACGACUGUAUCCCCUCUAGGAAAUGGUAUUGAAGAAAACAGUUUUAUGGAAAACACUGCUAUACCUGAAGAAACUAUCUCUGAAAGUACAAAUGAUAAGAAUCCUUCCGCUAUAGAUUCCACUGGGACUGUGUUCUUAAUACCGAAUGUUAAACAAAUCAGUGAAACUCUGUGGGAAUACCACAACACGGGCACUGACUUACCCAACAUGGAAAAAAGCUUCACGUACCCAUUGCUCGCGUCCCCGGGUGAUCAAUUUGAAAUGCAGCUAAACCAGCAGCUCCGAUCCCUCAUCCCCAACAACGACGUGAGAAGGCUCAUUUCUCACGUUAUCCGGACUUUGAAAAUGGACUGCUCUGAGACCCAUGUGCAACUGGCCUGUGCCAAGCUCAUCUCUAGAACAGGUCUCCUGAUGAAGCUUCUGAGUGAGCAGCAAGAAGUAAAAGUACCCAAGGCAGAAUGGGAUGCGGAUCAGUGGAAGACUGAGAACUACAUCAAGGAGAGCACAGAAGCCCAGGCUGAACAGAAAGAGCAGGAGUCAAGUGAGCUCACUAAAGGAGUUCCAGGAUAUGGCUAUAACAAACUCAUCUUGGCGAUAUCUGUGACUGUAAUAGUGAUGAUUUUGAUUAUAAUUUUCUGUCUUAUUGAGAUUUAUUCUCAUAGAAGAGCAGCAAGGACAGAUGUAGAAUCAGGCUCAGUCCCAAGGAGGGGCUUUUUUGACUUUCUGCAUAGGAAAUGCUCAUCGCAGAGUGAAAGCCAGGAGGGCUUUUUCUGGUUAAGGAGUCCACUUUGGCUGAGGGAUAUGUACAGACCUCUCAAUGCCACACGCAAGAAAAACAUGGCCCAGAAGCUUCACGACAAGGAGUCUUCUGAUGAGGAAGAGAUUUACAAGAAGGAUGCAGGGGAGCCCCUAUCAACAGCAACACCUGUGGAUUCGGCUGCUGAAGGUGGUGAGGAAAGUGAGACCGCGCCAGAGGGGGAGGACUAAGAGUGAUCCAGCCUGCCUAAGGCCCCCUGCAAACUGUAUUUUCUAAUGUUGGCAUCUCCGCAUUGCUUGUAAGAUACUUAUUUUUCACACACAACAAAUGUAUAUAAUCUAUUGUCAAUUCCAGCCAGCUGGUAAGAAACUUAAACGUUAAUAGCUAAAUAUUUAUACACGCAAAACAAGGGCCAGAGAAAAGAAAAGCGGGACUGAAGCCAGAGACUGUCAAGCUGGCCAACACCUCCACAAGCGGCAUUGUGGGCAGAGGACGCACGGGGGCUCCCCCACCUCAUUUCCCAGUCUAGUCAGUCUCCGGGAAGCUGAAAAUAUAUCAUCCUGGAGAGAGGGAGCCCAUUUUUAAAUCAAAUACAGUUGUUCUGGGGCUCCCUCCCCUGGUCCAUUAAGAACCAGUCGUUUACAACAUACUUGACCUCUUGCCCUGAGGGGACCUUCCACCUGCUGCCACCUCUCAGAGGGUGGGUGGGGUUGCCAGAAAUGUUUGGAUCACUAAGCCGACCUGCACUGUUGCGUCAAGUCCUGUCUUUUCUCCCAGGCUCCCAAAUUCAUGCGUGAAUGUGUGUCCUUUACCCUUUAAAGCUGGUGGAAACUUCAAAAAAAUUUUUUUUGUUGGUUUUUUCUUUUUAAAAAUCUCAACCCUUGGAUAGCUACUAGGCCAAUUCACUGUCCCUCAGAUGGUUGGAGGGCCAGAGUAUAGUUAAAAAAAAAAACAAAAACUGAACAA